AUGACUUGCCAAGCGUUUGCUUCAUCUGACACCUUUGUACCCUUGAAUUCUGACUCUUCUCCCUCUCUGCCUCUGAUAAUGCAUCACAGCGCUACAGAGUGCCUGCCGGUUUCUAACCAUGCCACCAAUGUUGUGUCUACAGUCCCAUCUGUUUUGUCUUUGCUCCAAACUCGUAUAUGCUCCCGUAACCACUUUGCCAUGACGACUUUGGGAAACACGGCAGGCCUUCAUUACUCUGUGCCUUCCUGUCAUUAUGGAAAUCAACCAUCUACCUACGGGGUGAUGGCAGGUAGCCUGACCCCUUGCCUUUAUAAAUUCCCGGAGCAUGCCCUGAGUGCCAGCUCCUGUGCCCUGGGCCACGGCUUCACGCCCAUGCACCAGUCCCUCCUGGCAGACGAUCCCACCGCCGCAGACUUCAAGCAGGAGUUCCGCAGAAAAAGCAAGUCUGUUGAAGAGCCCAUCGACAUGGACUCCCCUGAAAUCAGGGAACUGGAGAAAUUUGCUAAUGAAUUCAAGCUGCGGAGAAUUAAGCUGGGUUAUACACAAACCAACGUUGGAGAAGCACUGGCUGCUGUGCACGGCUCUGAAUUCAGCCAAACUACUAUUUGCAGGUUCGAAAACUUGCAGCUGAGUUUCAAGAACGCAUGCAAACUGAAAUCGAUACUGUCCAAGUGGCUGGAGGAAGCCGAACAAGUAGGAGCUUUAUACAAUGAAAAAGUUGGAGUGAAUGAGCGGAAGAGGAAGCGCAGAACCACCAUAAGUAUCGCUGCCAAAGAAGCCCUAGAGAGACACUUUGGAGAACAAAGUAAGCCUUCUUCUCAGGAAAUUAUGAGGAUGGCUGAGGGGCUCAAUCUUGAGAAAGAAGUUGUGAGAGUUUGGUUUUGCAACAGAAGACAAAGGGAAAAGAGAGUGAAGACAAGUUUACAUCAGAAUGCCUUUAGUUCUAUUAUCAAGGAGCAUCACGAAUGCCGGUAA